AUGGACAUCGAUGGUGGGGUCAAACAAGACAUAUUUGAAAUUAAUCAAGAAAUGGACAUCGAUGGUGGGGUCAAACAAGACAUAUUUGAAAUUAAUCAAGACCUGGGGCUGAAUCUCCUAGAGGGCGACAUUAAAGUUAACAAGGCAUCCCACAGAAGGAAGGUUGGGUUUGGCCUGUGGCCAAAGACCAUCCCAUACUACAUGGAGAAUAAUCUAGAACUGGGUAUCAAAGGUCUUAUCAUGAAAGCUUUUGAACAGUACCGUCUGAAAACCUGCAUUGAUUUUAAACCUUGGGCAGGAGAGAGAAACUACAUCUCAUUUCAAGAUAGUGAUGGGUGCUGGUCCUUCAUUGGCAACCAACAAAGAGGGAAACAGAAUGUGUCACUUCAGCUGAGCUGUAACGAGAUUGGCAUCGUAGAGCACGAGAUCCUUCAUUUCCUGGGAAUGAUUCACGAGCAAUCCAGAGAUGAUCGUGACGACUACAUCACAGUCAUUUGGGAUCAAAUUCAAACUGACAAAGUCCAUAAUUUCAACAAAUUCAGUGCAACACUUAUGUCUAAGCUGAACGUACCGUAUGACUACAUGUCUGUGAUGCAUUAUGGUGGCACCGCAUAUUCCAAAGACAAUAACCUCACCAUACUCACCAAAAUCCCGGAAUUCAACAUGUUGAUCGAACGCAUGGAACUCAGUGAUCAGGAUGUUCAGAAAGUCAAUCAACUGUACAACUGCACCUCUUCGCUCACCUUUUUAGACAGUUGUGAUUUUGAAGAGCCAAACAUUUGCAGCAUGGUUCACAGCUCAGCAAGUGUCAUUGCUUGGCGUCACAUCAGACGUGAGACCAACUACAACAAAGGGAACAAGUGUAACGGUUUUGGCAACUUCAUGUAUUUCGACACCAGCACAGGGAACAUAGGAGAUCGAGGCUUUUUGAAAACCAGGACAUAUCUCCCGAAGAGAACAUUUCAGUGCUUGCAAUUCUACUAUUACAAAAAUGGGAGUGAAGAGGAUCAGCUGAACGUUUGGGUCAAAAUAUAUGACAAGAUUAACAGACGUGUUAACUCAACAAACGUCCAAACUAUUGGAGGCACAGAGUUCGGCUUUUGGCAGCUUCACCACAUCAGCCUGAACGCCACCAGACCAUUCCGCAUCGUCUUCGAAGGAGUGAAAGGCAGCAACAAUUCGAGCGGAGGCAUCUCCAUCGACAAUGUGAACCUGUCAGAAACCAAGUGCCCCACCCACAUGUGGCACAUCACAGAUUUCAACAGACUAUUGAGAACGAGCCCCUCAGGGAAAGACGGAAGAAUCUUUAGUCCCAAAUAUUACUCCAGCGAUGGAUAUGCUUUUCAAAUUGUGCUGUUUGUGAACGGUACAAAGCAUAUCCCGUAUCACCUCUCUGUCUUUCUGUUUCUAAUCAGCGGACUUUACGAUAACAGCCUGCAAUGGCCUUGUCCUUGGAAGCAAGUCACCAUAUCUCUCAUGGACCAGCAUCCAGAUAUCCGACACCGUAUGUCUAACCAACGCAGCAUUAUUAUGGAUCCCGAGGAUGUCAUAGACACAGGUAAUCAAACAUUCGCGAGAUGGGAUAGACCGGAUAAAGUAGGAACACGGAUAAAGGGCCCUGAUGGCAUUGAAUAUCGCAUUGGGGAAGGAAAAGGGUCAUCGAUGUACAUAUCCCACCAGAGACUGAGAAGCAGAGACUUUAUUAAGGAAGGCAAUGUUUUUUUCCUUUUAACCUGGGAAGACAUAUCGCACCUUUUAACAUAUCAAUCCAAACCCUCACCACCUACACCCACCGUGCCUCCAGGCUCCAAACCGAAUGUUUCUGUGUUGUGCGUUGAUUUUGAAUGUCAGAACGGUGGUGUCUGCAUUGUGGCAAAUGGGAAACCUGUUUGCAGGUGCCCAGCGGGCAAUGGUUGGUGGUUUUCGGGCAAAUACUGUAAUAUGUACGGGAAGAAAGAGGACGCCAUUAUAAUGGCAGUGUCCUCAGCCUUUACUGUGUUCAUACUAAUGGUGGUGUGCACACUGGUCAUCAGCCUCUCCCUAAAGCAGAAAUACCAGAAGGAAAUGAGAAAAAAUAAACAAGGAAAAAUAUUUAUAAAUGACAUCCGCGUUAUAACCCAUUUGUAAUGUAAUCAUCGGUGGUACAAUAUCUCAAGACCUGCUCACAAAGUAAAGGAUGUUUCCAACCUGGGAGGUUUACUCAAAAUUAAUGAGAGAAGUAUAUUCUUUUUUUUAAAAAAUUAUAUUACUCAACUUCUGUAUUUCCCAUUCAAAUGUAUUAAACAGUAUUAAAAAGUAGUGUAGCUCAAAAGGGGCUAGUCUUCUGUAAGAAAUAAAAUCCUAUGACAAUCAUGA